CCCCCGAGAUGCCCGCCGCCGCUUAUGACGUCGCCGCAUUAGCCCUCCGUGGACCCGACGCCGUCCUUAAUUUCCCCGCUAAUGCCCCCACCAAUCCCGUCCCCGCUUCCACCAACCCUUCCGAUAUACGCGCGGCCGCCGCAGCCGCCGCCGCGCAGAUGGCCGCGGAGUCCUCCCAGCCGUCGAUGAAUGAUCCCGCUUUUAUCGACGAGGAGGAGAUAUUCGACAUGCCCCAAUUGCUGGUUAAUAUGGCGGAGGGGAUGCUGCUGAGCCCCCCUCGUCUCAGCCCGCUCGGCUCCGACGAGUCGCCGGAGGCUUCGGAAGGGGAGAAUCUCUGGUACUUUGAUUAGGUUGAGAUUGAAGAUUGACAUAUCAGUUUAAUUUAUGCUGCUGUGUUCUAUGGAUCGAUGGAAUGAUGUAUGGAAUGAAUCGGCUUGUUUUUACUGAACGUUUAGUGAGUUCAGUUCAGUUCUAAAUUUGAAGAAUAAAAAGUUGAAGUUUUGAUGAGAAGUAUUUAUAUGGGAGAGUAGGAGGAUGGUAUCGGUAGUCGGUACGCGACCCGCGUUAUUGUCUGCUGUACGUAUUACCAAAUAUUUAAAUAUUACAUAAAUUUAUUGCAU